AUGCGGCGGGGCCGGAGCGGGGCUGACACCGCCUCGCACGGGCUCUGGGAGGGCUGCGUGGGGGGAACCGUCCGCCGGUCACCCCAGCGCCACUGUCCCUUCCCUCGGCAGAGCACCGGCCGGCCGUGCCCAGAGCCGGACUUCUCCGGGGGCCCGGGCUGCGCCUGCCCCUGGCCCGCCCCCGCCGGCGUUUCCAAGGAGACUUGGGCCGCCGUCCGCCCCGCGGAGCCCCGGCCGCCCGGUAAGUGCGAGCCCAUCGCCCUCGGGGAGGGGGUUGGCUGGGCGAGGUGGGGAGCGGGGCUAAUAACCCCUCGGGUCUGCUCGCCCUCAGGCCGGUUCUGCACCCCGCAGCUCGGUGCCCAGGACGCGGCGUGGCAGGGAGACCAGCUGUCCUCCCAGCUCUACAGAAACAAGCAGCUUCAAGAUACUUUGCUUCAGAAGGAAGAGGAACUUGCUAGGUUACAUGAAGAAAAUAAUAACCUCCGACAAUACCUGAAUUCUGCCCUGAUUAAGUGUUUAGAAGAAAAAGCCAAGAAACUGCUAUCCUGCCACAGACAAAGAAACUGUGCUACUCUCAAAAGCACCAAGAGAAGAUUAAAAGAGGACCAGUGUUUUGUUCCUCAAGAAACUCUCCAUGCUUCCAAAGCUAGAAGGAACCUCUUUAAUGAAUUCACUGCCUGUGAAGAGCAAUCCAUCCCUGCUGUGGACAGCUGGGUCUUGCAGACUUUAGGAUUAAAAGAUGUCAACACCAUAGAUGAAGCUUCAGCUAACUACAGUGCCCUGUCCUCAGACCUUGGAAAAGACACGUACUGCUUGAGCCCUGGUGAAGCAAUAGACUAUGGCCAGAGGGAAGGAGCAGCAGCAGCAUCUCACUGCAGCCACAUGCCUCCAGCUAACAGCAGUACCCAUCCACACAGUGAGGACUCUCCCUUCCUUCCUCAUUUUUCUUCAGCACCAUGUGUCUCCUCAUCAGGGCCAAGUGACCCCUCCCUCCCAGCCUAUGGGUUGCCUUAUUUGACUAGUGAUUUUUCACCCAACAAAACAGAAGUGGCCUUCACAACAUCUCUAAGUCCUCACCGCAACCUGAGGACACACACCUUCCAUCAAGGACAAGCCUUUGUGCGCAGGGAUGAGGAUGGAGGAUGGAGGUUCACUUGGGUGCCCAAGCAGGCUGAAUAA